AAUGUCUUGUAGGCUGUAUCUUGAAUGAUUGAGAAAUGGCUACGCAACAACUCGGAAUCUUUGUUAGAUCGCAACAGGACGUGAAGAGAGAUCUCAAACUUCAGGGGCAUGUUUCCCUCGCUGCCAUCAGGGUCUCUAAUGGCCACAUGCUUGCUGUUAUUGAUGAUCGUACAGUGCUUCAUCAGCCGCUUUCGACAAACAACAAACGCACAGUGAUUAAAACACCUGUGGUGGCUUCUGAUUCGUUAGCGGACAUAUUUUUGUCUCCCCUUGGGCAACAUUGUAUAGCGACAACGAAACAGGGAGAGAAUUAUUAUAUAAAUUUGAAAAGUAAUGCUGCCUAUCCUCUGAAGAAGCUCAAGGGUGUGAUAAGUAGCGUAGCCUGGAAUCCUGAAUGUGUGAAAGAUAAUGAAACCGGCCAUAUUCUACUGGGUACUACAAAAGGUGCUAUAAUUGAAACUGUGAUCUCAGCCAAUGGAGUGAUUGGGUUUGUCAAAGAGCAUACAUCUAGUUUUGGUGGUGAGAAGGACCUUGCGGUAUCUUCAUUGUAUCUCUAUCUGAUCAAUGACGAAAUCAUAAAAUCGACAAAAUGGUUAUUACUCGUUUGCCAGCCCGGACGUUUACACUCUGUUUAUGCUUCUAUUGACAUGUCACCUCCAGCGAAGAGCAAUUAUAUGAGCGCUGCGAACUUGCAGGCUGGAUGGAUUACGAUGCCUGAGACUCCACCGCAUAUCUUCCAUCCAUUUUUCUCGACAAGAGAUGCCCAGCAAACGUGCAUGUCCAUGCAAAGCUCGACCUCUUCUCAAACUUUGCCUGAUUUGAGUACGUUGGUGAUGCAUCCGCCGCAUGGGGAGCCAAACAAAUUCCUAUGGCUGGGUCCUAGUGGAAUUACUAUCGGCAAAGUAAAUCUCUCAGCCGAUAAGCCUAGAGAUAUUUUGGAAGAAAUAGAUCAUAUGGAUCAUCGACGGGUUGAAGGCCGUAUCGAGAGUCCUGUUGGAGUCUCACUGAGUGAUUAUCACAUGCUACUGGCUUAUCCAAACAAACUGAACGCCUUGUCUAUCUACACGAAGACUGUUGUGUACGAAGACGUAUGGCCGCAGGAUUACGGAAGCGCUGUAGGACUUGUCAAUGAUCCCACCUCUGAGUUCCAUUGGCUCUUCACGAAGCAAACAACGAUGAAGUAUAAACCGAUGGAUGAAAGCAGAUAUGUUUGGCGUGUUUUUCUUGAACGUGGCGACUACGCAAAGGCACUCGUGAUUGCCAGGAGUAGGCUCCAGAUUGAUCCUGAGGCGCAUGAGUUGGUAUUGAAACGUCAGGCUGACAAAUAUCUUGCGGAUGGGAACUAUACAGCAGCAGCUGAGAUACUCGCUCAGUCUACUGAAUCGUUCGAAGCUGUUGUUCUGAAGUUCAUGUCGAAUGACGAUGCUCGUCGUUUAGGGCUAAAAACAUUGCUAGAAAAAAAAUUGGAGUCUUUACAGCGCCCAGAAGAUAGAAUCAGAAGAGAUGUGCUAGUGAUGUGGCUUCUAGAAGUUAUGUUGGGUGAGCUAGCUGAGAUGCGUAGGGAUGGGAAGGAGCAGGAAAGUGAAGAACAUUCCACUCGCCUUCAGCGUUUCUUGAUGAGAAAGAACGUCCAUGAUACGGUUGUAGUCAACAAGGAUGCUGUGUAUAAACUGAUGGCUUCACAUGCUGACUUUGACUCGCAGCUGUUUCUGGCCAAACAAAUAGGAGAUUUUGAAAGGGUCAUCGAGAUCCACAUAAUGAGGGAACACUAUAGGGAAGCUUUGGAAGUGUUAAAAACACAGAAUGUUCCUGAAUUUUACUACAAGUAUUCUCCAAAGUUAGUGAAAUUCAUUUCCAUGGAACUUCUUGCUAGCAUUAUUGCGAAUGAACGUCUGCGCCCUCAGAAAAUGAUUCCGACAUUGUGUCUGUGCCAAGAAUCUACAGAGAUGGCUGCCCAUGCUCUAAAAUAUAUCGAGUGGGCAGUAACUACCCAACAUGGAGCUAACGAUGUAGAUCUGCACAAUCUUUUGGUGGUUUUGUACGCACAGUUCCGUCCAAAAAGGUUACAUGAAUACUUGGUCAAGUGCGGUCUGGACAAGACAGCUAUACCGUAUGAUUUGGAUUUCGCGUUGAGAACUUGUGUGCAGCAUAAACUCGAGAAAUCAACGAUUUACUUGUAUUGUGUCUCUGAGAUGUUUAGCGAUGCUGUAGAUCUAGCGCUGAAGGCUUUUAAUGAAGAAGGAAUCACCAUGGCGAAGGAGUGUGCACAUAUGAUGGAUCCCGAUGAAGAAGACGUACUUAUGGGGAUCGAACCGAAGUACCCAGUUGAACAGAGAAGGCGGAUAUGGUUGAAAAUAGCGGAAUUUGUGAUUAGCAAGGACGCAAAUGCAAGCAACUCCAUUGCUCUUCUGAAAGAAUCCGGCGAUGUUAUAUCAAUACAGGACAUACUACCAUUCUUCCCGGAAUUCACAAAAAUUGAAGAUUUUAAGGAGCCCUUGUGCGAAUGCCUCAGGGAACAUUCCAUCAAAAUCAAAGAUUUGCAACAAUCUAUGAAAGAUGCUACUCAAAUUGCGAAGGAAAUCAGAGAAAAAACGCAAAAGCUGAAAAAUCGUGUGAUAGUGGUCAAAGCGGGUGAUGUUUGUGCAGGAUGUGAACGCUCUCUGUUUGGAAGACCCUUCUUUGCGCAUUAUUGCCGUCAUUUCUUCCAUCGAGAAUGUUUGGAAGAGGCAAUGAUGCCAUACCUGACAGAAAAGUCCAAAGCUCGUCUUGCUGAACUUGCAGUCAAAGAGAAGCGGCUUCUUUCGCAACUACAAGCUGAGGAACGCGUUUCAUCUGCUAAUGAAGCCCUCAUAUCUGAGCGUGAGCAGCAAUUUGCCAAAAUCAGCACCGAAAUUAACAAAUUACUCGGCGUAGAUUGCCCUUUGUGCGGUUGGAACGCGAUUGAGCUUAUCGACAAACCAUUUUUCACAGAGGAAGAAUACGAAAUUGAUCGAGAGUCAUGGCAAACUUCAGUACUAUUCGAUAACAUUAGACUUAGAGUAGACGAGAAAUGUAGUGACCCAACAAGUGCGAUUUUGAAGAUGAACUCGAAAGCCAUUGGAGCCAAUCAAGAUCACUGGAAAGGAGUAUGGCCGGCUGCUCAAUUCUUAGCAAGUUUCUUUUGUGCUAAUGAAGGUAUGCUGACUGACUGUGCGUGUCUUGAGUUAGGCUCCGGCACCGGUGUUGUUGGAAUAGCCGUUGGAAAGUUGAAAGUUAAGAAAGUUAUUCUAAGCGACUACCCUGGUGAAGAGGUGUUGUCUUUGCUCCAAGAAAACAUCGACAAAAAUCAUCUAACCGAGAAGUGUGAAGUAAAAGGUUUGGACUGGCAGAGCUCCGAGAGCAUAGCCGCAGUCCUCGAAGGUCUUCCAGAACUGGAUGUGCUCAUUGCUUCUGACGUCUUCUAUGAUGUCUGCACUUUUCUCCCGCUGAUCACGACCAUCAGCGCAUUCUUCGACAAAUUUCCUCGGCUGCGAUUCUACUUUAGCUAUGGUGAAAGAGAUGAUAACUGGUCAAUCGAAGACCUUCUCACUCUCAACAAUCUCCGUGCGCGCCUUGUUCGCUCCAGGGAAUACGACGGUGCAACCGUCCAAAUCGGUCUGAUCUACCGCCACACCAUGUCUGAAGGAAUUUUUUGUGGUAUUGAGGGAGGCGCGACCCAGUCUCACCUGGUGUUCGUCAAUGCAGGUGGAGUGAUUAUGGGCGGCUCAACAUCUGGUGGGACGAACUAUAACCUGGAUGGUAUUGAAGUUGCAGCUAAUAACAUCGCAAAAUGGGUCCGAGAAGCAGCUGCUCAGCAAAAAAUUUCACUUCCUCUUAGAGGGCUGGGACUCGGGUUAUCUGGUGCUGAGGGAGAACGGGACAACGCACGUUUUGUGGAGUACCUUCAGACUCAUCAUGGAGACGUAGCAGAAGAAGUAUAUUUAGCAUCUGAUGCUGUAGCCACAGUCGCGUCUACGUUUGAUAAAGGUGGAAUAAUUCUGAUCGCUGGCACUGGUUCAUCGUGUCGCGUACUUUUGGAUAAUGGCCGCGUAUUUGGUGUUGGUGGUUGGGGACACAUAAUCGGUGACGAUGGUAGUGCAUUUUGGAUAGCCGUUAGAGCAAUCCGCAUCCUUUUUGACGAAGAUGAUGGUAUGCAAACUCCUUGCCAUUCUACCAAGCUGCUUCGAGAGUUACUACUGAAGCAUUUCGAUCUCAAAGAUAAAGUUGACAUUUUGGAGCACCUUUACAGCAAAUUCCAGAAGUCUUACAUAGCAUCGUUUACGAAAACCUUGGCGGAACAUAAGGAUGACCCAAUGAUACAUAAAUUAUUCUUCGACGCUGGCGAAAUUCUCGGCAAACACGUCGUUGUGGCAGCUAGCCAUCUGCCAAGUGACCAGAGGUCCGAAGUCAAUUUGGUAUUGGUCGGAUCUGUUUUCAAGUCUUGGGAUGUAAUCAAAGAAGGAUUCGUUUACGCCAUACAAGGAUCUUGGAUACCUCGCAUAAAUCUCUUCCGUCCAGCAAAAUCGAAAGCGCUGGACAUCUGGCAAAUAGCAGAUCGCCUGGUGCUGUCCUUGCUUCAAGAAAACAUCGACAAAAAUGAUUUAAUUGGAAAUUGUGAAGCAAAAAGUUUAGACUGGCAGAGGUCCGAGAGCAUAGCCGCAGUCCUCGAUGGCCUCCCAGACCUGGAUGUGCUCAUUGCUUCGGACGUCUUUUAUGAUGUCUGCGCUUUUCUUCCGCUGAUCACGACUAUCAGCGCCUUUUCCAACAAAUUUGCUCGGUUGCGAUUUUACUUCAGCUAUGGAGAAAGAUAUUGAGAUAACUUUGUCUCUGCUAUUCGCUUUCUUCAGCUAGAAACCAUCAAAUGCUCGGAAAAGUCUCAUCGAAAAAAAAAACUCUUUUUGCCAUGAACAUAAUCAAGUAUUUCAUGAGUAGAAUUCCACCUUUCCAACUUUCAAAUUCUAUUUGCUUUUUAUAUAUCUUAUGGGUAAAUUGUUCAUCAGUAUAUCAUUUUGGGACACAG